AGAUGGAGUAUCUUCCUAUUUCUUCAUUGGAUAAAUCCCGACAAAUUAUGGAGGAGUUCUUUGAUAUAUGGCAAGAAGCUCUGUCAAAAAGAUCAUUACCAGGUCAUUUUAUGCAUACAGAGCCAAACUUUGCAGAGUUUGGCCUCGCGGAUAACUAUACUUCACAACACACAGCCAUUCAGUAUACAACUAUCAUGGCUCAAGUGAUAGCAACCGCUCAAGCCGUGCAGGCAGUUAGAAAUUAGAUGACUGAAAGAUUCUUGCAAUCCUGUUUGUUUCAGAUGAUGUUUGUAUCAAUUAUCCUUUUCCUUUUUAAGUGAAUUUGUUUAUGGAUCAGUUCAUGUCUUGCUUGAUGCCUGCUUUUUUUGUGGCUGAUCAUUCAAACUAUGUGAGAGGACAGACAUUCUUGAAAGGCAUGGGAAUGAGAGAACUGCACACAUAGGCUUGAAUGGAAAGCCUUGAAUAUAAUCAAUGGCUGUGCAGAGACUAUUUUGGACUCGUCUUGCAUGGCGGUGAGCUAAGAGCUCCCCCGCAUCUUUGUAUUGACUUGUAAAGAACUAAUCUUAUCAUAAUUUGUGUUUUGGCAAGUAAUGUCCGAAGCUUUUGGAUUUGGCAAA